AUCUUUUAGCUGGCAGGACGUCCCCCUCCCUCCCUUCUCCUGGCUUUGAAACACUCUCAUUGCCUCUCCCCCACUCUUAUUUCUCUAACACACACACACUUUACUGCCAAAAAGUCCAUCCUCCGCCCCCUCCCCAGCUAACUUCCUUCCAGCAUUUCCUGAGCUGGAUAAUCCCAGGAUUUGUUAAAAAACAGGGGAAAGGGGAGAGCACAAGAGACUGCAUUAAUGUACGGAACCCAUUCCUUGUUCUCCUAAUGUUGUUCGGUCAAUAUGCAACAAGAGGAGUUUCCAAAGUAGUGAUUCUUAGACUUGCCUGGUUCUCUCUUUUCCACCACUUGAUGUUUUCCCCUUUCUUUCUUUUUUCUUUGCCUCUCUUUUUACAAGUUUGUGGAAGAAAAGAUUCCUGAUCUCUGCUCUGUGGAUGAUCCAGCAAGAUCCAGCCUCAUUUUGAUUUCUUCACCAGCUUGAUUUCACUCUGGAAGUUCCUGGGACUCAAUAGUACGGAUGUGAGACACCCAGCAAACAUCUACCCGCUCUUGCCAGUAUAACUGAAGACACUGGUUUGCCACCAGUUGCCUCCCUCUUAGAAGAACCCUUCUGAACUUGGGCUAUGAUCUCUCUGCUGCUGCCUACUGGAGCUCUCUGUGUUGUCUCAGCCUCCCCCUUCUGCAACUGCAGCCGCGGCCACAGCAGCUUAACAUCUGGAGGGGAUUAAUGUGGAUACAUCCAGCUGCAAGUUCUUCUGGACUUUCAAUGUUGUUGAGUGGGAACGGGAGACAGGCAAGGAAGGUCUGAGGAACAAGGGGGAGCUUUGCACUUGUCUGGUGCAAACCAAGGGGGGUGGGGGGAAAGGAAGGAGGGGGGCAGACCUCUUUUUGGAACUAACUCAUGAAGAACAAGGGAGGAAAGCCGAAACUCAAGAGGAAAGGAGCCACUAACGUCUUCGGCUGCGAUCUGACGGAGUAUCUGGAGAAUUCUGGACAAGAUGUUCCCCCAGUAUUGAAGAGUUGUGCAGAAUUCAUAGAGACCCAUGGAAUUGUCGAUGGAAUCUACCGACUUUCUGGAGUGACAUCCAACAUCCAAAAACUAAGGCAAGAAUUUGGUUCAGACUCAUGCCCUGAUUUGACACGGGAAGUUUACCUGCAGGACAUUCACUGUGUGGGGUCACUCUGCAAGCUCUACUUCAGGGAGCUGCCUAACCCUCUCCUCACUUAUGAACUUUACAAGAAAUUCACGGGGGCCAUUUCAUGCUUCCCAGAGGAACAAAAGUUGGUUCAAAUUCAGAAUGCCAUCCAAGAACUUCCACCCUCUCAUUACAGGACCCUGGAAUACCUGAGCAAGCAUCUGACACUUCUUGCAUCCUUCAGCAGCAUGACCAAUAUGCACACCAGGAAUCUGGCUUUAGUAUGGGCACCUAACCUUCUCAGGUCAAAAGAGAUCGAGGCUGUGGGCUGCAAUGGAGAUGCAGCUUUCUUGGAGGUGCGAGUCCAGCAGUUGGUCAUUGAAUUUAUAUUGAACCAUGUUGAUGAAAUCUUCAGUGAUAAUGCCACUGCCAGACCAAAAGAGGAUGAAGAGAACAAACCCAUAAUGAAGAGCUUGACACUGCCUCCAUCUGCCUCCCUGCCAAUGAAGCUGGUUAGCUUGGAAGAAGCACAGGCCCGUAGCCUCUCUGCUUGCCAUCCUGCCCGGAAGGAGCGGCGGGAGAACAGUUUGCCAGAAAUCGUUCCAGUCACGGGUUCGUUCUUCCACACUGUCCUUGACCUACCUGACAGCAAAAGAAAGUUAUCUACAAAAUCCAAGAAAUGGAAAUCAAUAUUCAACUUGGGCCGAUCUGGCACAGAAGCCAAGACUAAACUGAGCCGAAAUGGGAGUGUGUUUGUACGAGGGCAGAAGCUCUCUGAAAAAGUAACCAUUCGACCUGCUAAAAGUAUGGACUCACUGUGUUCAAUACCAGUAGAAGAAGAUGAAAAAGGCCAUUUCAAGCGUACAGUCAUGGCUGGAGGGUUUUUUGUUCCAAUGAUGAAACCACGGAUGGGAGGCCUAAGCAAUUCACCUGAUGUCACCAAACAGGAAGCAGAGUGGGAUCCAAAGGAGGAUGUGAAAGGAGCAGAGGGAGGGACAGAAUACAAUGGAGAGAACAAUAUUUCUCAUCCUACCCAAGUGAGACCUCUUCCGGAACAGCUGAAAGUGUUCCGGGCCAUAGAAGACCCUGAGAGUGAGCAAACCUCCCCAAAAAUGUGCCGCAUGUUCUAUACUUCCAAUGAUGGGACAGCCAAAUCAGGAUUCCAUGGGACUCUCUUCCCCCUGGAAGCCUCUCCCCGGCACCAACGGAAAGCUUUGAAUAUAUCAGAGCCCUUUGCUGUCUCUGUACCUCUUCGAGUGUCUGCUGUCAUCAGUAUCAACAGCACCCCUUGUCGCUCACCAGCUAAAGAGAAGACUGUUUUUCCUAGCCUACAAGAAUCUUCUUUCUUGGGGCAGGACAGUGCUAUUGCUGCAGCCAUUGGAGGAGAUGAUAAUUCCAGAUUAGAGCAGAAUACAGUCAAGGAGGAAAGGAAGCCUGAGUCCAAAGUUGUAGCACCAGAUUCUGAGGAACUUGGAAUAGCUAAGAAGCCAGAGUCUAUGGGUGAUGCACAACCUGCCACAAAAACUCAGGAGAUAAAGAGUGAUUGGAGAAAUGACAGCCAAACUCCCCAGCCAAAACAGAGCUUGGAACAAACGUCACUGGUCAAGAUUCCAGGAGACCAGCAGGAGAAAGAUGGCCAGCUUGGAGAUAAGGAUCAUCCAGAGCAAGGUUACCAGCAACAGGAACUUCUGAGAGACAAAGUGGAAGACACCUUGCACCAAAAGGAACUGGCAUCUGAUGAGCAUUGCAGUGCUGCAUUGGAGUCACCAUGGCAAGAUGUUCAACAAGAAUUAAAAAUUGUUGAAUCUGAAGAGGAGUUGCCAUUCACUGCAACUGCUCCUGAAAAAGUCAAACUACAGGAAUCCAAAUCUAGUCUUAUAAUUAUUUCACCCUCAGAAGCAAACAGUGUUUCAGUGCUGCCUCUCACACCACUGAAAGAGAAAAGCAUAGUUGGAACAACAUCAACCAUAUCUCACUUUCCUUUGUUUGGAAUUUCCUCCAAAGGAUCAAAGGACUCAAUGGUUUGUAAUCCUGAACUGUUCAAAAAGCAGGGCAGUGCUUCUUCUAUCUUACCAAAACUGGAAAAUCCACCUUGUCCAAAGGAUUGUAUGAAAGAUGAGGAUGCCAAGAGUGACUUUUCACUUCUACCCCAAGAACAGAAGCUUCCAACAAAACCACUAGAAAGGCCAACUCUUUUGAGAGAUGAACUAUCUUCCCAUCCCAAAGAAAAGGAUUUGGAUGACACAGAGUGGAAAAGUAUCAGAUGGAUGCUUCAAAAGAAGAAGCAAGGAACAGCUGUGACCAAGGCGGAAGAAAGUGAUAAAGAAUUCUCAAAGAGAGGAGAUCUGGCCAAUUCAAAGAUCUUAACUGGAGUUGGAUCUCAUCAGCUGAAGGAGAGCAGACUAAGUGAUCAAACCCAGGAUCCUCUUGAUCAACAGGAUGAUGAUUCAUGUGUAAAUCAUGUCCAGAACUUAGAGCUGGUGGAACCAUGGGAAGAACACCAGUGGGUUACAAGUCCUCUUCAUUCCCCUACCUUUAAGGGCACUCAAGAAAAGGCUCUUCCAGAGUUUGAACCACAGAGUCAACGAACGGCCCAGAGCCACUUCAAGAAGCCAUUUUUCAGUCGUAGCUUUUCCUUAGACAGUAAAGACUUUGUGAAGAGACACUGGGGUACCCCAGUGCCUUUUAUAAGUGCCAAUGAGGAGCAUUUGUGUAGUAACAAUCAAUCAGGGAUGAAGGAACCUUCAGAGAUACAGGAGAGAGAAGCUGGCAGAGUAGAAGCUUGGCUGAAUCUUUCAGAUGGGUCUUCUAAACUGGUUGAGAGAAUCCAGAAACCUCUGUGCCGGGAAACUGAUUUUGCAGCCACUAAAUCGCCAUUCUCCCAAUUCAUUGGUUACCACGAAUCAGGUAAGAAGGAAAUGCAUGAGGAUAGAGAAAACCAAGAUCUCAUGAAUCAUAUGGAGCCCUCCUUUUCUCAAUUUAGUGCCGGGGAUAGUUUAUUUAAUUCAAGUGGGCCAUUGAAAGACACAACCUUUGUUCAACAGGCUGAUAUCUCUGCAACUGCUGCAACGAAGGACAGUGUUGAAGAGCCACAGGGCAGUAAAAAUGAAGACAUCCCACGGCGAGAGAGACCAAGGCCCUCUUCCCUGAACCUGGAUUCUGUCCUUCCAGCUGCUAGCUUUUUUAACUUCGAGAGUCUUUCUGUACCCACCCCUCCCAGACAUUUCCUCUGCGGGCAAAAGGAAGUUAAGACUAGUGAUUCUGUGCCAUCACUUCCCGUUGCCUGCCCAAGCAAGAGUAAAACUGACCUUUGGGGUUCUCAUUUUGAUCCCCAAGAACUUGAUUACAUAAUGAUGGCUCAUGCGACCACUGGCCGCCGUAACUCUGCUCCCGUGAGUGUCUCCGCAGUGAGAACCUCUUUCAUGGUUAAGAUGUGCCAGGCUCGAGCUGUGCCAGUUAUUCCACCUAAGAUCCAGUAUACCCAGGUCCCCCUGCCCCUGCAAACACAGAACUCCAAUUGUAGGACCCAGUUGACACCUGAGGAUGAAGAAGUAGAAGCCAGUGUAAGCCAAUGCAAGUCAAAUCAAAAUGCUCAGAGCCAGCUGCAGUCUCCAAAGAGCCCAUCUGUAGAUAGGAAGGGGAAGGAAAACAAUACUGCGACCUUUGUGGACUCAUCAGCAACCAGAAAGGUAGAAUCAUCCUUCUCCAAUCAUAGUUCCACACAGGAUGCACCAAUCCUCCGUCGAAAGCGUACCUCUGAAGGAGAGACUACAGGAGAUAAUCCACAGUCCUCAAAAAUGGAGAGACCUUCAGGAGUUUCCAAGCCAUCCUACAGAUCAAGGCCAGGAAGACCUCAGAGUCUUAUCCUGUUUAGCCCACCGUUCCCCAUCAUGGACCAUCCCUCUUCUUCUGCAGAUUCUAGAGUGUUGCUUUCACCCAUAAGAAGUCCCUCACAGAGCCCUUCUACAAGCCCCAUUUCUAGUGAUCUGUCUGGGACAGUCACAGAGGGGGUUAUGCUUCGGAACAAAAUGACAAUUCCCAAGAAUGGUCAAAGACUAGAGACUUCCACAAGUUGUUUUUACCAACCUCAGAGAAGGUCUGUGAUUCUGGAUGGGAGAAGUGGAAGGCAGAUUGAAUAAUACCUAUUGAUUCCCUUCCCUUCUCUUCCCUGGCGGAUGAGACUGAGGUGGGGGUGUCACUGUGGGAACCAUAAUAAUGUUAUUGUUAAACAUGUAUUAUUCUGAAAUACCUACUUCUCAAUUCCAAUAGUAUUUUACUCUGUAGAUUGUCAGUAAUAAUAGAUAGGAAUGCAUCUAUUUGGGUUUGGUGCCCACCUUGACAAAAGUGUGCAAGUGAAAUGCCAAGAGAAAACCGAAAAUCAAUCCUGCUUACGUUGACCAAAGUUACUCUCCUCCAGAGUCUCAUUCUUCAUAGUUGACAAUCAUCUCAGCAACUUAUAUUGGAUGCUGUUCUGUUUCUUUCCACAUUCCAUAGCCUUCCUGUUGAUUUCUCAAUGUCCCAUUCUCUGGUAUUCCAGUUCACGACCGUAUCAGAAGCUUGUAGGUUUUGACUUCCCCUUGUUAUGCAGAGACUUAUGAAACCCAAUAUAAUGUGCCAGACAGAUUGGGGUAGCAUAAGAGAAAUGUUGGUGCAAUUGAACUAUAGCCUAUUUUGAUGUUUGGUCUUGCCAAUAAGCAUCUUUUUUGUUGUAUUCCCUUAGCAUCUGUUUCUCCAUUUUGAAUAAUAUAGUGCUAACUACUAAGCUUGUAUAUUAAUUGCUAUUGGGAUCUGCACAGAUAGCCAUGUAAACUACCUAUACUUUCAGAGGUUGACAGCAUUAGAAAUGCUGCAGCAGGACUGUACCCGCCGGUCCUAUUAAUUUUUUCCCAAAUCCACUGUUUGAAUCAUUUUUCUUUCUGCAGUAUCAAGCCCAGGUUUGGUAGCAGCUGCAAGGAUUGAUGGACAGAGCAGUCACAAUAAGCUGCAAAUAACCACAUUAGCUAUAUAUAUAUAUUAAUGUAUGUGGUGUUUUUAUUGAAAGUCAUUAUAGCAGGAUUUCUCUCUGUCUCAAGCAGUGUGGUUGUUGUUUGUUCAGAAACUGUUUAUUUUUAAAACUACCCUUUAGCUUGCAGCAUAACAAAGGUAAAUGACAAGAAAUGAAUGUAAGCACUGAUUUGUAAAGAUGUUCCUGUACCAACUCACAUAUGAGUCAGAGAAUUGAAAUUGGGAGCUUGAUACCUUCCAUGAGCUGACUGAAUUAAAAUGCUACAUACCAUCUCCUAGACUACAGUUUAAAUGCUCAACUCACAAUGUUAUAGUCCUGAGCCAUAUUUUCCCAGAUGAAGCAGAAAUGGAUUUGACUGUGUGUAUACACACACACACAAAUGUAGAUAAGCCAUGUUGUUAGGGGCAUGUGAGUGCACUUUGGUGCCUUCUGCUGUUUGCAAAGGCACCUUGAUUUUAUGUUAAUAAGAAUGUGGAAUAUUUCUCUGAUUUCAGAGAAACUCAGAUGAACAUAAUAUGAGGGACAUGGUGGCAUUUUCUACAGUAGUGUACAAGUUGAGUUUCUCCACUUUUUGUGCAUAGAUCAAGAACUUCUGUGAUUUUUUUUUACCUCCAGGUUUAGCCAGGGCAUGUUUAUAAGAUGAAAAAAAAAGGAUGAAGAAGGACAAUAAUUGUUUUCUUCUUACUAUUUUUUCAGUAGUUGACAAGGGGCAUGGUGGAAUUCUCUUUCCAACAGAAGUAUGGGUAGCUGGAAGCAGGCUAUCUUAAGGAACAGGGGUGGUAUGGAGCAGGCUAUCAUAAGGGACAGGGGUUUGUGUAAAAAUAUCAAAGCUUGGACGUUUGUCAUGCUGGAUUAAGCUCCCAAGAUCCCCCAGCCAGCAUGUUCCCAGGUAUUGUAGUCCAAAGAAAUAGCUUUCCCAAGCUCUGAGCAUUUCAUGGUUACACCACUUGUUGGAACCAGUGGGACAGCCACCCAUCUCAAUGGGAAAGUUGGUAAGCAUGAGCGAAAGAGAUUGUGUGUUUCUGGAAAUAAAACUUUGGACUUGCUAAGAACCUAGAGCAGUGGUUCUCAACCUGUGGGUCCCCAGAUGUUUUGGUCUACCACUCCCAGAAAUCCUAGCCAGUUUACCAGCUGUUAGGAUUCCUGGAAGUUGAAGAUCAAAACAUCUGGGGGCCCACAGAUUGAGAACCACUGGCCUGGAGGGUAGAGUAUGUUAUGAAGAGCAGAGACUUUUCUGAUCACAUCUCACUAUGGUAAGGUUCUGAAUACAUUCCAUCUGUAGCGUGAAGAAGUGGCAGUGUAUAAGCAAAUACCACUGACUGCUGUUCUUUUUAAAAAAAUUCUGCAGUACAAAACUUAUAAUUAGCUUUUCUUCUCUUCAGAGUUCUAAAACAUGUGUGCUGAUAAAUGUUACGUUAAGUUGAUAUAUCACAGAACAUGUAUAAAUAUAUUAAAGUGUAAUUAAAACUAA